AUGAACGGCCCAAUUGACCAGAAAUGUAUAAACGAAAUUCGCAUGUUGUCGGCGGAGCUGCCGCUGAAAGCCAACAGUGGGCACCAGGGAGCGCCCAUCGGGUGUGCGCCUAUAGCACACAUUUUGUGGGCCUACGUAAUGAACUACUACAAUGAGGACACCAACUGGAUGAACCGGGACAGGUUUGUCCUUUCGAACGGACACGCCAGUGCACUCCUGUACACCAUGCUUUAUUUAACCAAGCAAGGAUUAACCAUGGAAGAUUUGAAAAACUUCAGACAGUUUGGAAGUCUAACCCCAGGUCACCCAGAGAAACAUAUCACCAAAGGAGUGGAAGUUACAACUGGCCCACUAGGACAAGGAGCAUCCAACGCAGUUGGGAUGGCCAUCUGUGCACAUAACUUAGCAGAAAAAUACAACACAAAGGAAUUUCCCAUUUUUGAUAAUUAUGUAUAUGCCAUAUGUGGUGAUGGCUGCAUGCAGGAAGGAGUAUUCUGUGAAGCCGCUUCCCUUGCUGGACAUCUUGGAUUAGGAAGAUUAAUCCUUCUAUACGAUGACAACAAAAUAACCAUCGAUGGGAACACAGAGUUGUCCUUCACGGAAAAUAUAGAGAAAAAAUUUGAAGCCUUAAAAUGGGAAGUCAGAACAGUACCCAAUGGAAAUACUGACUUUGAAGGCAUAUUGAAGCAAAUCGAGGAAGCGAAAAAAAACACAAAACAGCCUUCAUUAAUUAUCGUGAAGACGUCUUGUGGGUAUGGGACGAAAGUAGAGGGGACAUGUAAAUCCCACGGAUUAGCAUUAAAGGAAGAAGAUUUAAAAAAAACGAAAGAACUUUUUGGUUUAGAUCCGGAGAAGCAAUUCCACAUUUCGGAGGAAGUACAAAAGUUCUAUGAAAAUAUUGUACAGAAAAAGAAGGAAAAUUAUCUCAAGUGGAAAAAAAUGUUUUCCGAUUUUACAGUGCAGUACCCAGAGAAGGCACAAGAAAUUACUAGGAGAUUUUCCAAGGAGCUUCCCCACAAUUGGGUCGAAGUGUUACCAAAGUAUACCAUUACAGAUGUUCCCGCUGCUACUAGGAAUCUGUCUGGUGUCGUCUUAAACUGCAUUAAUAAGGUUCUACCCGAGUUGAUUGGCGGAAGUGCAGACUUGACAGAGUCUAAUUGCACCGCCUUGAAGGAAGAAAAAGACAUAACCAAAGAAUCCUUUGCAAAUAAGUAUAUACGAUAUGGGGUAAGGGAACAUGGAAUGGUGGCCAUCACGAACGGAAUAUAUGCCUAUGGAGGAUUCGAACCCUUCUGUGCAACUUUUCUAAAUUUCUAUACGUACGCAUUUGGUGCUUUAAGAUUAGCCGCCUUGUCUCAGUAUCACAUUUUUUGUAUAGCAACCCAUGACUCAGUCGAAUUGGGGGAAGAUGGACCAACACACCAACCUGUUGAAGUUUUGGCCUUACUUAGAGCCACUCCUAAUUUGAAUGUAAUUAGGCCAGCAGACGGGAAUGAAGUGUCAGGUGCUUAUUUGUGCCACUUUAAGAACCCCAAAACUCCUACCAUUGUUGCGUUGUGUAGAAAUAAAGUGCCCCAUUUGAAGAACACCUCGGCAGAACAGGUCCUAAAGGGAGCCUACAUUCUGGAGGACUUCGACCAAUCGAAUAACAAGCAGAAGGUCAUCUUAGCUGGAUGCGGUUCGGAAUUGCAUCUCUGCUUCGAGGCGAAGAAUAUUCUAACGAAGGAGCACAAUUUAAACGUCCGUAUUGUGAGUUUUCCUUCGUGGAAUUUAUUCAAGCAACAGUCUGAGGACUACCAACAGUCGGUCAUGAUGCACCACGAUGGGAAAGUUGUUAGGUUCUACAUAGAACCUGCUUCCACCAACGGGUUCGACACCUACUUUAAUGUCUACCUGGGCAUCAACCAGUUUGGUUACUCGGCCCCGAAGAACAAAAUAUGGGAGCACCUCGGUUUUACACCAGAGAACAUAGUUUCGAAGGUGUUGGCCUUUAUAAAGGCGCACAUGCACGCGUAA